GGGGUUGGGGAGAGAGAUAAAUUGAGAGGAGUAAAUUGGGAAUGGUGCGGACAUUAGGACGAAAACUAAGCUGGCCAAGAUCUUUCAGUUUUAGAAAGAUGUUCGAUGGUCGGAACUCUGGACAUUCAUCAUUCUCUUCUCGUGGGGAUGGCAUGCAUACACCCGAGCACGCACAUGGAAUGGACGCUGCACCAUCCACUCGUAGAGGCAAGCAGAAUAGGAGAUCAGACAUUGAAGUGAUGAAGGAAAGAUUUGCAAAACUGCUGCUUGGAGAGGACAUGUCAGGCGGUGGGGAUGGGGUGACCUCUGCGUUAGCUUUGUCAAACGCCAUCACCAAACUCGCUGAUUCUAUGUUUGGGGAGCAGAUGAAAUUGCAGCCUAUGUAUCCAGAGACAAAGGAGAUUUGGAGGAAAGAAAUGGAUUGGUUAUUAUCUGUGAUUGAUCAUAUUGUCCAGUUUGUUCCUUCUAAACAAAUGGGCAAAAAUGGCCAAGUCACUGAGAUCAUGGUAACAAAACAAAGAGAUGAUUUGCUGACGAACAUUCCAGCUUUACGCAAACUUGACUCUGUUCUUCUCGAAACUUUGGACAACUUCAAGGAUCAGAAAGACUUUUGGUAUGUGCCAAGAGAUAUUGAGGAUGCAGAUCACAAUGGAGAUUGGAGGAGGGAUGAGAACUGGUGGUUACCAGUUGUUAAAGUUCCAACAGAUGGUUUAUCUGAGGAAUCACGUAGAUGGUUGCAAAAUCAGAAAGAUUCUGUGGCACAAGUCCUUAAAGCCGCCACGGCCAUCAAUGCUCAUGUAUUGUCUGAAAUGCAUAUUCCUGAAAACUACAUUGAUUCUCUUCCAAAGAAUGGGAAGACAAGUUUGGGCGAUUUCCUUUACAAGAGCAUAACAGAGGAAUGCUUUGAUCCUGACUACUUUGUUUCUUUCUUGGAUCUGUCAACGGAACACAAAGUACUUGAUCUAAAGAACAGGAUUGAAGCUUCCAUGGUGAUCUGGAAGAGGAAGAUGUGCCAGAAAGAGAAAGACGGGAAAUCGCAGUGGGGAUCAACCGUUAGCUUAGAGAAGAGGGAGCUUUUCGAGGUCCGAGCUGAGACCAUUUUGGUUAUGCUCAAACAGCAGUUCCCUGGAAUCCCACAAUCCUCACUUGAAGUCUCCAAGAUUAAAAACAACAAGGACGUUGGACAGGCGAUUUUGGAGAGCUAUUCAAGGGUAUUAGAAAGUCUGGCUUCGAAGAUAAUGUCGAGAAUAGAGAAUGUUCUUGAAGCUGAUCGGCUAGUUCAAAGACAAUUGAUGGGAGAGGUAGAGACAAGAUCAGAAAGCGAGGCAGAAUCAGAAUAUGAGGAAAGCGAAAAGGUGGUUGCAGCGGAAACACCAAACUCGAGGAAACUAUCAGACUUCAUAGGGUGGAGAUUGUCAUCAGAUACAAAGAAGCAUAGUUCAAUGAGUGAUAUAGAAUUCUUCCACAAAGUUGAGCAAGAGAAGGAGAAGCCCAUGAUGAAGUCUCCAAGAGCUCUACCGAAGAAAUUUUCAUAUCUAGCAAAGUUAGAGAACAUGAGAAGCCCAAGUGACAGACACUGAUAGUGAAAAGAUCAGGCAUUGGUUUUAGAUUUUGGUCAUGAGUCUUGGUGUUUGACGAACAUUUGUGAUAGAGUCACCUGGUUGAUCAUGUUUGUUGCUUGUUUUGACUAUUGCUUCCUGUUGUUUUUUCUAAGAAGGAAGUGUGAUUAUGUGUGGACCGUUUUUUUGAUAUUUUGGUUCUUUGGUGUUUUGUAUUGUAAUGUCUAUAACAUUGUUUCCUAAUGGAUUUUGAAGCUCAUUUGUAUGACUAGUGUAUCUGAUUAUUUGUUACUUGAGGCCCUGGUAUGUAUGUACAAU